AUGUCGGCAUUCGCCCUUCCAGGACUUGUCAAGCGGGUGUUGCAAGCACAGCCGGGCUCUUCCGAUUCUGACCAACGAGUUGACAGCUACGAACAAGUCGACGACAUUGCGUCUCCGAGUGUCAAUGUCAUUCCUUGUAGAGUUGUUGAGCUGCCGAGUCGUGAGGCGGCGAAAGCCUUUGCUGAUGUGUACUUUUCUACUGUUCAUCUGGCGUUUCCGUUUAUUCCGCAGUCGCUAUUGGCACUGAUAUAUGUCAUUUGUGCUAUCGGAGCUUACUAUACCAGCAUACCAGGAGAGCAAAUCGGAGCCAACAAGUGUCAUGAAGUUUACUUCCUUCAGGCACUCUCUCUGGCUCUACCCGCAGGGGCAGACCGAUCAAUUCACCAUGUGUCUCUGCUCUUAGCUCAAUGCUUCUACAUGCUAGCAGUCUGCCGAACAGACAGUUGUUGGGCAACAUUGGGUCAAACUGUCCGCAUGGCCCAGAGCAUUGGGUUGCAUGUAGAGCAAAAUGAUCCCCAGAGGCUCAAGGGACCAGGUCGGUUACUCGUCGAGCGGCGACGGCGGAUCUGGUACUGUAUAUACGUCUUGGAUCGACUGAUCUCUCUGCAAUUAGGUCGACCGCCAGCGAUCCAUGAGGACUACUGCCAUGUCCCAUUACCCUCUAGGCUUGGCGACUCGGACAUUGAUUGGGACGGGGACGAGUUUCCGGCAAUGUUUGAUGGGCCUUCUGUUGGUGACUACCAUCUAGAAGUCAUCUCCUUCUCCAAGAUCGUCAGCCAGGUCCUGCGGGAUCUGUAUAGCCCGAGAGCUGGUCAGAAUUUGACAAGUGAUCUGUUUAAUACCAAGGAACUCGAUCUCAAGCUCAUACAAUGGAAGCAGUCGCUACCCAGAACAUUGCGGUUCGACUUGGGACAUGCUUUUGACAAGUCUUUCAUCUUCAAGCGCCAGGCACGUAUCCAUCAGAACUGA